UUGGUGGUUGGUUAGAACUUUGUGAAUAUGAAUUGUGCCAAAAUUGUGGUCCCAUAUUGGAAAGUUUGUUAUCUGCUCGUAAAAAAAUGCUCAUCUCGGAAGGAAGAAAUCCUGAUGUUGCUCAGAUUCUUGGAAGAUUAAUGAAUGCUACUCAAUGUUUUGAUGAUAUUUAUCAUAAAACUAAAGAAAUUCCAAUUGGCUCAUGGGCCGGAAAAAAUUAA